AAGUCGGGUUUCAUGUCGGUUCUAUCUUGCCCCGUAUUCUUUCGCCUUCCCAACUUUCCUCUUCCACAGUUUCGUCAAUUUUCUUGAUCAUAAAAUCACAGAAAAAGAUUUGGAAAAAAAGACAAAAAAAAAAAAAGAAAAAGAAAAUGGGAAAUUCUUGUUGUUUCCUCUGCGGUUGUGUGGACCAGGCGAGCAUAGGAAUAGUAGAGAGAUGGGGUCGAUUCGAGAAGUUGGCGGAGCCUGGUUUCCACUUCUUCAACCCCUUCGCCGGUCAAUCCCUCACCGCCCUUCUCUCCACCAGAAUUUCCUCCCUCGACGUCCGUGUCGAGACCAAAACUAAGGAUAAUGUGUUUGUGCAAAUAGUUUGCUCAAUUCAAUACCGGGUUGUCAGAGAAAACGCUGAUGAUGCAUUUUACGAGUUGCAAAAUCCCCAAGAGCAGAUUCAGGCUUAUGUGUUCGACGUUGUUCGAGCUCUUGUACCCAGAAUGACAUUGGAUGAGCUUUUUGAACAAAAGGGUGAAGUUGCUAAAUCUGUGUUGGAGGAACUUGAAAAGGUGAUGGGGGCAUAUGGAUAUAGCAUAGAGCACAUAUUAAUGGUUGACAUCGUCCCUGAUGCCUCUGUGCGCAAGGCCAUGAAUGAGAUUAAUGCAGCCCAGAGGCUCCAACUAGCUUGUGUCUACAAAGGAGAGGCAGAGAAGAUACUCCAAGUUAAGAAAGCAGAAGCUGAAGCUGAAGCCAAGUACUUAGGUGGGGUUGGUGUGGCAAAGCAGAGGCAGGCAAUCACAGAUGGCUUGAGAGAGAACAUCUUAAACUUCUCACACAAGGUUGAGGGCACCACGGCUAAGGAGGUGAUGGAUCUUAUCAUGGUUACUCAGUACUUCGACACGAUUAAAGACCUGGGUAACUCAUCGAAGAACACUACGGUGUUCAUCCCUCACGGUCCUGGUCAUAUUAGGGACAUCAGCGAUCAGAUACGCAAUGGAAUGCUGGAGGCAGGCUCUUCUAACAUAAAUGUGGAGUAAUUUUGCCUGCUUUGCAGUUUGGAAUUGCUUCCACGAAGCACAGCGGAUUUCAUAUAAUAAAGUUACUAGUAUAUGUUUUCAUUGGUGAAUUCAACAAAAGAAUGGAACAACUAUGGUCCUGCAUGAUAGCAAGUUCAUUUUUUAUCUUUUGUUUUUGUUUUUUUCUUUUAAAUUAUAUGGAGUUUACUUAAUUCAAUAGUUUGUUGAUAUUAGUUGAUGUUAAUGUUAGUUGAAGGCAGUUAGAUAUCUCCAUUAAUUAUAAAUGUAAUGGGAGAGGGGGAAAAAAAAAAAGAAAACAUAAACAAAAAAUGAAACACAACUGAAAAUUGUGUUGAUUUUUGGUUUUUGUUUUCUUUUGUUCUUUUUUUUCCCUUUAACAUUUGUAAUUAAUUGAUAUGUCUAACAAAUUCUAACUAUCAUCAGAUAACAUUAACAAACUAUUAAAGUAAAUAAACUACACACAAUUUAGAAGAAAAAAGCAAAAAUAGAAAAUGAACUUACUAUGAAACGGGACUAAAUUUGAGGUGUUCAUAUCAGGCAGGUGGUUAUUUUACGUGUUUUUAUACAGGUGUAGAGAGGUUUUUACCAAACCAGAAACAGGGUGUUUAUGUUUGUGAAUAGAUGCAACUUCUUAUUUGAAUAAUUGUUUUCGGUGUGGAA